GCUUAUUUCCUGAAACACCAGAGAAGUAUUUGUAACACGUGGGUUGGCUGGCAAGCGUGUCAACAUGGGGAAGAGACAACGACGGGAAAACGAUGCUAUUAGCAAAUUAACAAAGAAGCAGAAAAAACAUUUGAAGGAGUUUGGCGAAGAGCAUCCCUUCCACGAUAAUGUUAGUGAGAGACCUGAGAGGACGCAGAUUGUACAUCUGCGUGACAGUCCAAAGCGAAAGAAUGCUGAAAGCGAUGAUGAGCUCCAGCCGGAGGAGCAGCCAUCAGCUUAUCAGAAACUACUGGGCACGCUGAAGCACUCCGAGGAUGAUAGCGAGGAGGACGAGAGCGAUGAAGAGGAGGAAGAAUUAAUUGAAGAAAAAGAAGAGAGUGAACUUGAAUCUGAGCAAGAUGGUGAGGAAGAAGACGACACAAAAGAGAAGGAGGUUGAUCCUGUUCUUAAGGGGGUUGAAGCAGUGGUGGAAGCUGGUGGAGCAUUGGAUGGAGUUGAUGACCGUGAGGGAGGCCAAGCAGGGGAUGAAUUCACAGACAAGAAGCACGAAUCCCAGUUCUGUUUGGAGACAAACAUCCCUACAGAGGGAGAUCCAGAUGGAGAAGAUGACACCACUACUGAAGGGGACGAAGACACUUUCAUGAAACACAUGAAUACAGAACUUACUGAAGAGGAGGUGAAGCUGAUGGCAGAUGGUAGAAAAACUAAGACCCAGAUCAAGUGGCCCAGACUGGGUAACCUGCUAUGCACCUCUAGCCUGGAGAGGCUCCCAGCCCCAGGGCAAACCUCCAGCAUUGACAUCCCCCCUCUCCACAAGGCCCUUCAGGCUAACUGGACCUCGCUGAACCAAGCCUUUCAGCCAAAGGGUGCUCCUCUGCAGGAGCUGAGCGACCUGCAGAGGGAGCUCUUGGGUCUCAUGGGUACCUACAGGGAUGUGUAUGUUCCCGAGUGCUCGCCUUCCACUGAUGCAAAGGAGGUGAGGAGCGCCUACUGCCUCCAUGUUCUCAACCAUGUGCUGAAGGCCAACUCCAACGUGCUCACCCACAACGCCAGCCUCAAAGUUGGCGAGAUGGCGGAGGAUGAGGCCCGAGACCAAGGCCUUACCAGGCCAAAGGUGCUGAUCGUGGUGCCCUUCCGAGACAGUGCCUUGCAGGUGGUCCAGACCUUCGUCCACCUCCUGGAGCCCAAAGAGAAAAAGAUUGACGUGAGCAACAAGAAGAGGUUCAAGGAUGAGUUCGGGGAGGAUCCCGAGGACCGGCCAACCAACCUCAUCAGACCCGACGACUACCAAGCUAUCUUCUCUGGCAAUGUAGAUGACCAUUUCAGGAUAUGUGUAUCUAUAUUGAAGCGCAGCAUUCGUCUUUAUUCGCCGUUCUACUCAUCGGAUAUCAUCAUUGCCUCCCCGCUGGGCCUGCGCACGGUGCUGGGGGUGGAGGGGGAGAAGAAGCGUGACUUUGACUUCCUGUCCUCCAUCGAGGUGGUGGUGUUGGACCAGGCGGAUGUCCUUCUCAUGCAGAACUGGGAGCAUGUGCUGCAUGUAAUGAAGCACCUGAACCUGCAGCCGUCGGACUCCCAUGGAGUGGACUUUUCCAGAGUGCGCAUGUGGAACCUGAACGGCUGGGCAAAGUACUACCGCCAGACUCUGGUGUUCAGUUCCAUCCAGGAGCCUAAGAUAAAUAACAUUCUGACCAAGCACAGCUUCAACUGCAGAGGACAGGUUGCCACCAAAAAUCUCCCCAAAACAGGUUCAAUCUGCCAGGUGCUUGUGCAGUUGCCACACGUAUUCCAGCUGUUCAGUGCAGACAGUUUGAUGGACCAGGAUGCGAGGUUUCAGUUUUUUGUGGACAAGGUGUUGCCCCAGUACAGAGACUCCGUCAUGUCCCACACCUUCAUCUACGUGCCGUCAUACUUUGACUUUGUGCGCUUACGCAACUACCUGAAGAAGGAGGAGGUGAACUUCACCAGCAUCUCGGAGUACUCGCCGCGGUCUGAAGUGUCCCGGGCGCGCCAUUACUUCCAGAACGGUGACAUCCAGUUCCUUCUCUUCAGUGAGCGGUUCCACUUCUACAAGAGAUACACCAUAAAGGGGAUCCGACACCUCCUCUUCUACGGUCUGCCCACCUAUCCCCACUUCUACAGCGAGGUGUGCAACAUGCUGCAGGCGGGCACUGAUGUGGUCGACACUGCAAGCUGCACCUGCACGGCCCUCUACUCUCGCUACGAUGCCCACAAGCUGGCCGCCGUGGCCGGAGCAGAGCGGGCGGCCCAGAUGCUGCAGUCCAAAAAGCCAGUGCACCUCUUCAUCACCGGGGAGGACAAGGCCUCGUGAGAGAGAGAGAGGGAGAGCGAGCGAGAGAAAGAGAAAGAGAAAGAGGGAACAAGAGGGUUUGGACUGGGGUAGACGUCCCAAAAGCAUUGCAGACUUUGCACACACUAAAGUGUGACUAGACAUAGAUCAGAAUUAAAUGCUGCACUGCCUCAGGAAGGAAGCAGCUGUUUUGGGGUGUUUUUUUCUUCUUCUUCAUCUUCUUCUUCUUCUUCUUCGGCCUAAAUGGAGCAAAACUGGGAGAGUUAAUUACAUGUCUGACUGUCUGACUUGAAGGGCUCUGUGAAAUUGAAAGCCUGUGGAUAAGUCGUUCUGCUCUGUAACACCUCCUCCGGAAGCCCAUGAUGUGUAUGUGUGUGUGUUUGUGAGACGGAGAAGGAUGCAGAUGGUGCCGUUGCAGUUAAAUGGCCAUGAUGUCUGUUGCGUCGAUCAUUGCCAGGGAAGUGCAUCUGCUGUGGCUUGUAAGGAGGAUUUGAUUGACUCGUGUUUUGAUACACAUCAGAAUGGAAAGAUUUUAGGAGUUGUGACACAGCUCUUCUCCUCAGACUGUUUGUAUUUGAUAUUGUCUCUCCAUUGUCUUUCAAUGCAAACUAUUUCACACAAUACACAACAGUUAACAUAAUGUUUUUCACAUCUUGUCCAUAAGGUAUGUAAUAAAUUGUUUGGAUAUUAUCAUAACCUAUGUGAUUGGUGUGCAGAGUAACUUAUAGAGGGCAGGUAUUGUAUUGGCUCAGUAGUUCGUAUUUGUGCAACCUCAAAGCUAUAAAGUCUCUCCAAAGCUCA